UUUGUUCUUGAUAAUCGCAAUACUCCAUGCUGUUUAGCGGGUAAAUAAAACUAAAAAUACAAAUUGAAUGAUUGUGGGAGCUAUAGAAGAAUUAAACCGGUUCCAAAUUUGUGAAAUAUUUGAGGCCAGAGGCAGCCAUCAUAACCACUCAAUAUGCAAGUUUUUCUGCAGGUGUUAACCUAUCACCAGCAACAAUCUCAUGAUCAAAUGAUUUCGGCAAUUGAUCUGUGACCUGCUAGAUAUUUUAAUGCUGCAUUACCUACAUCAAUGCAGUUUAUUACAUAUCAAAGCAUCCCAUUGCAUUGGAAUGCAAUCACGGAUCUCUUCAAUUCCCCUUUCUUUAAAUGUCCUGGUGUACGCCCAUGUGAAUGUGGGUGUAUUCACGAGGACACCCUUUUUACCCUAUCCUUCCUGGUGGAUUCAACUUCACGGAGCAACGGAGCAACUGACGUAGAUACCUGGCUGUAUUUCCCAGCCAUAAAGAUAGAGGCCGGCCCAGUAGCUGCAGACACCCAGACCAUCGAGGAGUGGCCGUAAAAAAAAAGGAACAACAAGGAGAACGAUGUAAUAUUGUGAGAGCUGCUGCUGCGCUGCACCACCAUUUCCACUAUACAUGCCAGCCGACACCAGACAACAAGAAGAAAGAGACAACCUCGUAUAACAUCGGCAUCAACCCCCCCCGAACGACCGACCGACUCUGCUGUCAUUUCACAAGUCAACGAGUGUGCGAUUGAUGGCCAUCGAGAUGACGCCGACGACCUGCUUUUGGAUCUUUUCCUUCCUGCUGGCUCUGCUCACAGGAAUCGACGGCCAGCACCACCACAACAACAACAACAUGCCGGCGCCGAGCUUCGGGUCGACGAUGGAGAACAUAACCGUCAUCAAAGGCAGAGACGCUUCCUUCACCUGCGUCGUUCUCAACAUUGGACCGCAUCGGGUGGCCUGGAUCAAGGCCGACGAUAAAGGCAUUUUAGCCAUGCACGACCGUGUUUUGACCAACAACGCCCGGCUGUCGGUCCUCCACAGCGACUUGCACACGUGGACGUUGCACAUCAGAGACGUCCACCGAUCUGAUCGAGGCGUUUACAUGUGCCAAAUCAACUCGGAUCCAAUGCUCAGUCAGACGGCCUCCCUGGAAGUGGUCAUCCCGCCGGACAUACUGAACGAAGAAGGCGGAGGAGAAGUGCUGAUACCCGAAGGAGGAAUGGCCCGUCUUUCGUGCAAGGCCAGAGGAUUCCCGCAACCUCGAGUCACUUGGAGACGCGAAGACGGCCAGGACAUUGUCAUCCGCAGCGGAUCUCUCCAAAAACAAAAAGUUCCAAUAUUCGAGGGCGAAGUGCUGACAUUCCACAAGAUAACAAGGUCCGAAAUGGGAGCGUAUUUGUGCAUUGCGAGUAAUAACGUCCCUCCGUCCGUCAGCCGGAGGAUCGUCGUCAACGUUCACUUCUACCCGAUCAUUCAAGUUCACAAUCAGCUGGUAGGCGGACCACUCGGCUCCAACAUCACUUUGGACUGCAUGGUGGAAGCUUCGCCAAAGCCCAUCAACUACUGGGCCAGAGAGAGCGGCGAGAUUAUUAUACCCAACGACAAGUACCGCAUGGAGGAGAUUGAUGUCAAUACGUACACGACCCGCUUACGGCUCCACUUGAGGCUCUCGUCGAGUGCUGACGAGGGUGGCUACAAGUGCUGUUCAAAGAAUUCGAUCGGAGAUUCCGAGGGCACCAUCACCGUCUAUGCCACCAAAAGAGUGGAGGAGGAAAAACCGCUGGGGCGAUGGUCGGAUCACGACGAAGAGAUUGGCGAGGAGCCGGACACUGUCGACGACGCCGACAAUACGUCACUGGAAGUGACAACGGCCACGCAUUAUUCUUUUGGCAGAGCCACACCGCCGGCUGGUGCGAGUAGCCGCCGUUCCAACAACAACAACAACAACAACGUCCAAUCGCCGACUCAGAAUAAGAUGUCCAUCAUCCGCAGCAGCGGCGCAGCUGUUCGACUCCAGCGGACCUGUUAUUACCUCGUCGCCGUCGUUUCCUUCUUCUUAGUCGUUAUGCUCCUUUAAUAAUAUUCCUUUCACUUAUAUUAUUCGAAUCGUCUCAAAGAAUAAUUUGAAACAAAAUAACAAAUGUAAUUAAUAUACAAACUAAUUUAAUUAACGAACGGAUCGGACAUCAUCACAAGUUUGGGCGACGAAAUGCGCUCCUAUUAUUCAUGAUCAUGUUAGAUUUCUCUUCAAUAGAGGUUAUAUUGUCGGGGAAAGAAUGGCUCUUCUAGAUUUACCUGUUCAAAAGAAGAUCUAACCACCAGUGUCCACACAUUCUUGUCACACCGCGAUUGGUUGAAUAAUAAUUCAAUAACUUUCCGACGCUAUAGACUAGGCAGAAAAUAGAAAACCAACAACCGACGUGUUUUGGGACGCACCGUAUACAUAAUAUACAGUCUACAUCUCGAUUCAUCUAUUGCAUAUACCAACAUCCACGUGUGUACGUAUGUUAUUACUGCCCCUCUCCCCCCCAAUGUGUGUUAUCGUUUCUCCCUCAUCUCUUUGACAAACCCAAUAAUCUCGUUAUUUCAUCUCCAUACUUUUUAAAAACUUACGUAUAUAUUUAUAAUAUCCUUCAUUCCUUUUCUGAUCGAUCGACGUUGCUUGAGACUCUCUCCUCGUGAGUGUGCGUAUGCCCCCCUCUCCUCCUUUUCUCCCCGUGUAUAUAUAUAAUAACACUGAAAGCUCGACUUGUGUGUUUCUCAUCAACCGCGUGCGCGUCCGUGUGUAAUCCGAUUUGCAGGAAUGAAAAGAUAACAAAAAAAAAGUGA